CUUUUGCCUUUGAAUUGUUGUGACAUGUUUGAAAUUCUUUUACAGGAACGCCUUUGAAUUGGCAACCUGUAAUUUAAACCAUUGUGGCAGGAUAUAAAAGCAUUUGGGGUUUGUACUUGUGGCAGUUUCUUCUCAGUCUUAAGCGGUGGCAAUUAAAAAUGUUUAGGUAUUUGAAGCUCAUGUACCCAGCUCCUCUAUCUGAGCCGAUCAGCUCUAGAGACUCCAAUGCCUAUCUACUGGGAACGCUCAGGUUUUCAGGCCUGAACUUACGCAAAGAUUUUGGUGUAAGCCUCAAGAUCUGGAGGGUUAUCUCCUUCGUCUACAAUAUGUUUAUACUACCCGUGAGUUUUCCGAUCAACUACACGAUCCACUUUGCGGAGUUUCCGCCGGACUUGCUGCUGCAAUCUCUGCAACUGUGCCUCAACACCUGGUGCUUCUCUCUGAAGUUCUUUACUCUGGUAAUAUACAUGCCGCGACUGGAGCUGGCUAACAAACACUUUGAUGAGAUGGACAAGUUCUGCGAAAAGCCAACAGAGCAGCGCAGGAUUCGUGAUAUGGUGGCCAACAUUACCAGGUUGUACCUCUUAUUUGUCGUGGUCUACAUUCUAUACGCAACCGCCACGCUGCUGGACGGUAUUUUCCAUGACCGUGUGCCGUACAACACAUACUAUCCGUUCGUAAACUGGCGAGUCAAUCGGACUCAACUGUAUAUUCAGUCUUUUUUGGAAUACCUCACCGUGGGAUACGCCAUUUUCGUGGCCACGGCAACCGACUCCUACCCAGUGAUCUUCGUAGCGGCCCUGCGAGAACACAUCUUGCUGCUUAAGGAUCGUAUCAUCCACCUCGGAGAGGAAAGCAGUGAAGCCUCCACCGAUCAAAAUUCCAUGUUCAGCUCGUUGGUGAAUUGCAUCAAAGCUCACAGGACCAUGCUAAAUUUCUGUGAGGCAAUUCAGCCAAUCAUCUCUGGCACGAUUUUUGCACAAUUCAUCAUAUGCGGAUCAAUUCUGGGAAUCGUCAUGAUCAAUAUGGUUUUGUUUGCCGAUCAAUCGACUCGAUUCGGCAUUGUCAUCUAUGUGAUGGCCGUCCUUUUACAAACGUUUCCGCUUUGCUUUUACUGCAACGCCAUCGUGGAUGAUUGCAACGAGCUGUCAGACGCGCUGUUCCACUCUGGCUGGUGGAUGCAGAACAGAAAGUACCGGCAGGUAGUCCUCCAGUUUCUGCAGAAACUUCAGCAGCCCAUGACGUUUACGGCCAUGAACAUAUUCAAUAUUAAUCUGGCCACGAACAUUAAUGUAAGUCCAUGGUUCAUUGUAAACAAAGAGCACAAGCCAGUUUUAUACCUGUAUCUUUGUAGGUGGCCAAGUUCGCCUUCACCGUUUACGCCAUCGCCAGCGGAAUGAACCUGGACCAGAAAUUGCUGAUUCAGGAGUAGGCACGAUACGCAAUAAAACAACUGCACCAAAGUUGCACGUACUUUGUUUUAUGAACUUAACACUUGUUUGCUUCGUAGUAGUAUAAUAAUCGUAUAUGCAUACAGCGAAUUAUGAAUAACGUAAACUAGUUAAAACAGAACUUGAUCGAAAAAUGGGUAGUAAAUAAAAUUGCAAUAAACUUAUACCGCA